CCUCCCCUCUUCUCCUCCUUUCCCUUUGGCUCAGCCGCCUAGUCGGCUCCAGAGUUGGGCAGAGAGAGCCUCUUUGGGCUGGGGGUCUGGCACUGCCAUGUGACUGGACUAGUGGGCAGAGAGGAUGGGGAGGGCAAGGCAGGCUGGCCAGCAGCAGCACCACCAUCAUCAUCAUCAUCAUCAUCAGCAGCAGCAGCAGCAGGAGCAUCCUCUCCCCCGGCGCCAGGUGGCCCUGGGGCUGCUCCUGCUCCUGCUCCGCCCGCAAGGGACCCUGGCCCUGGCUGACUUCGCAGGUUACCUAACCAAACUUCUGCAAAACCACACUGCGUAUGCCUGCGAUGGUGAACGUUUGAGUCUGCAGUGUCCUCGACAUUCAACAAUAAGUAUCCAAUCUGCAUAUUAUGGGCAAGCUUACCAAUUGUGUAGCGCACAGCAGCCUGAAGCCUUGAUGAGAGAGCCCCUAAACUGUGUGACAUCUACUACCUUACAGAAAAUACUGGAUGAAUGCCAGGACCUGAGAGCCUGCCAGCUCCUUGUCAAUAGUCGGGUUUUUGGCCCUGAUCUCUGUCCAGGAAUCACUAAAUACCUCCUAGUCUCCUUUAAAUGCAAGCCUACUGAAUAUAAAACAAAAUCAGUGUGUGAAAACGAAGAACUGAAACUCCACUGUAAAGAAUCAAAAUUCCUUAACAUCUAUUCUGCCUCAUAUGGCAGAUCAGCACAUGAGAAGGAUAUCUGCUCUACAGAAAUGGGCCGCCUCCCCCAGUUUGAUUGCUUUUCCUAUUUAGCUUUAGAAGUACUAUCAAAGAAGUGUUACGGGAAACAGAGGUGUAAAAUUAUUGCAAACAGUCAGAACUUUGGAAGACCAUGCCUCCCUGGUGUGAAGAAAUAUCUCAAUGUCAGCUUUGCAUGUGUUCCCAAAUUCAUAUUGGCAGCAGUUGACCCAAUGGUUACGAAUCUACAUCCUUCUUGGAAGCCAAAAGAAGAUAUUGAUUUUGAUCCAAGGGAAUCAAGAUUUCUAAACAAAGAUGGAAUUAUAGUUAGUAGCAGUCUUGCCACCUUUGCUUACAUUAGAGAUCACCCUGAAAGAGCUGCUCUCUUGUUUGUGUCUAGUGUUUGUGUUGGCCUGGUGCUCACGCUCUGUGCUCUGGUGCUACAUGUGUCUUGCUCUAAUGAUCUGGAAAACCGGCGGAGGAUAAAAAAGCGUUUGGUGCUAGAGGACAAAGUUGAUGAAAACAGUAAAGAUGAGGAGGAGGAAGAAGAGGAAGAAGAAGAAGAGGAUGAGAGAGAUGACUCUUCAGAUUCAGACUUUGCUGAUGGGUUCUGCAGGACUCCAUAUUCUGCUUAUUAUUCAAUGGACCCAGCUGAACUUGCUGAAAGGAUAGAGCGGCGAGAACAGAUUAUCCAGGAAAUCUGGAUGAACAGUGGUUUGGAUGCAUCUCCUACUAGAAGCCUCAGUCCAUUUUAUAUCAAUGAACAGGAGUGCAUUUGUUUUGGAUAGCACAAGCUAUUUUUGUGAAAACAAAGGGGUACCUUCUGUGAAGGAACAUUUGCAAUUCUGUGUAAUAAUUAUUUGGAAAGUU